CAUAUGGUGUGUUGGGAACGUUGGGAAUGAUAAAUUCGGAAAAAAUGACAGAUGACAAAAAGUGACAAAAGACAGAAUCGAAAGGAAUUAAAAAAGCAAUUUUUUUAUAGAUGUUGUGAAGUUUUAUCGUUUAAAAGUGUUAUUGAAGCUUCGUUUUUCACUAUAGUCGAAAUACAGUUACAGCCCAUCAAAUAUACGAUGAUCGUCUAAGUGCAAAAUUAUUAAAAAGAAAAAAUCUUUUGUUGGUUUUUGUUUUCACAUAAAAAGAGCGAUAUCGUGUGCCAGUUGUGUUGAUAAUAUUUUUGUUUUUGUACGUAAAUUGUCUUUUGUUCGUUUGAACAAAACCAAAAGAUUUUAUCGUCCGAUUCAAUCAGCAUACAUUACUUUACGGAAGGAAGUGCAGUGUGAUUUGAUAAGGAAACACAUGAACAAAUUAAUCAAAAUAAAAUGCAAUCAGCCAGCGAGGGUAAUCUACUCGAGAUCAUCGAUUUGGCCCAUUCGUUGCGUCAGGAACACUUAUACAUUUCCAACGAACAAAAUACGUUUCUCAGUCUGAAUGACACAUUAAUUAAGAAUUCAUCGAAUGUAGCGCAGUUGGCGUGGAUUUGUGCACAACAACGACAGAAUCUCAACAGCUUAAUAUUAUCGCGACCAGAUACUGGUCCAUCAGUUUGCUGCCAGAAGGCUAAUUCACUGGAGAAUACGAAAUUCGUUGAUGCACACAAGGCGAAAGGGCUGAAGUAUCAGCAUGUCUUGGCCUACAUUGAACUGUUCAAUUUUCUGCACCGUUCGCCGUAUCUCCUUGCCCAGAGCCUAGCAAUCGGAGAUCGUUUGGGCCGAAUAACGUCCGACAAUAUGAACUCGAUUGUGCAAACGAUUGCCACCGGUCUGUAUGGAAACGCUAUACUAUCCAAGGAUGUGGAUAUGGUCCUGAGGCUGUUACGUGAAUUGAUCGAAAUUCAGAUCGUUGUCAGUAGCAAUCCGAGGCGGAUGCUUCGGGCUGGAUCAUGCGCCUUUUCCAGACUUUAUCAUCGUUUGCACGAGAGCCUAUUCUCGGCGAAACUGUUUCUAACGGCUGCACUCCACGAACCGGUAAUGAAAGUUUUGAUUGAAGAUGAUAUGUUGCUUGACAUAGAUACCUUGAAGUCAGUCGCCAAUUUUCCGCAAAAGAUCAAAUUGAAAAAAUUUGGUCAAGAAGGUACAAAAGAGUACGACGAAGCCAUCAAAGCAUUUCACAACAGCACCAUAACAUCGCUGUUCCAUCUCUCGAAAUUGUUCAUUCAGUCGCUGUCCGACAAUUGGGCUCUGUUUCCGAGCACAUUGCGUUGGGUGGUCCAAACGAUGUGCCAUCUCCUAAAGACGGCAUUGAUCAACAAGAAAGAAAUCAACGACAUACUCACGGACAUGGUGUUCACCAACUUCAUAUGUCCAGCUGUCGUCAGUCCCGACCUAUUUGGCAUUUCCGAUGCCCCCAUCUCCGAAAAUGCCCGAUUCAACCUAAUUCAAAUCGGUCAAAUUCUACAGAUGCUUGCACUGGUCAAGCAUGAGGACAUCGAUGCCAAAUACUUGGAGUUGUUCGAGAUGUUCGACCGGAAUUUGGUAUCGGAACUGAUGGAUCAGUUACUCGAAACGGAGUAUGACAUUUCAGUCAGUAUGAUGGCCAUUCCGCAUCAGAAUGAUUUCGGUCGUCGACACGUGCUGGUCACGCAGAGCGAACUGAAUAUUUUCGUCGAUUUCUUUCGAAACGUGCUGGACAACGAUGGGCUGAUCAUAUCCGGUGACGAUCGUAGAAAAUUGGGAAAAGUGUUGGACCAAUUGCCGGAUAAAUGGGAAACGGUAUUGAAUGGCAGUGAGUCACAGACUGUGCAUGCAUCUCCCGAGCAUAUGAAUAAGGCGAAGCAAAGCCUUAUCAAUUUGGGAAAGUCGACGAAGACAAAAUUGGCGAAAACAAUCAGCUUAAAUGUGGCUGGAAUGAAUCAUAACGAGCAUGUUGAUGAUUCGUCGUCCGUUCUGUCGAACGGAAAUCACAAUGGAUCUGCAAGCAAAAAUGGCCAGUUGGAAUACGAACAGGUUCUCGUCAUUCCGAUUGCCAUUCACGAGGAGAGUAAGUUUCAAUUACUCACAGAGCAGGAAGUUCUCAAUAUGAACAACAUCAGCAACGAGAUUGCUCCGAAUACCGAAAAUUUGGAUGAACUCGAUAAAAUUGGCACCGACUUCAAUGAAGUGGAAUCCGGUAUGUGCAAUAGAAAGCGCACAAGGUUCUCACUAUCCAACGAUGAUCAGUCAAUUGGUAAUACAUCAGACAAUCUAGAGGUAGUUAGUGAAGCUCAAAGCAAUCACAGUGUCACAAGUUCUCUCGAAAUGGAGGAAAACGAUCAAAAUCUAAACGACAAUUUAUCGGACAUGGUAUCGGCCAAUGUCUCCGGCCGUGGCACACCGAACAUUUCGGGUCGUGACACUCCAUCGUCGCAAGUAACUGAAGGCGAAACACCACCCAUACCACCGUUGCAGAUGGCCAAAAUCCUGAACAAAGCUCGAUCGGAGAUCGACGAAAAGUUUUGUAAAUUUGAGAUCAAGAAACUGGUUGAGGUGGACGAGACAAUAUCGAUUAUCUCGGAUACAUGGAGUACAGACGUUCUGGCGAGCGAUUCGGAAACAAUUGAACAACCGGACUGUGAACGGAAUUUCUCCACGCCGCUAAUUCCCAGUUCGGUGAUUCUGCCAGGCGAUGAUAAUUUUGACCCGCUCAGAGGUUCGGGAUCGAGAAUUAGAGGCGGCUUUCUGGAAGGUUCAGAUACCCGCUCUGAGUCAGCGUGGAGUACAGAUGUACUGGCAAGUGAUUCGGAGAAAACUACGGAAAUUGACACCGACGACAAUCAGAGCAUUACUGCCAAUUCGGAUAUAACUGACGCUGGACGAUCGGAAUCGGAUUUGGCACGUGAUAUUGAAGUUCCUAAUCGUGCACCUGAUUCACCAUUUUUUGCACCUCGUGCACCAAGCAGCAAUUUGUUCAGAUCACCCGAUUUGAUAACAUUCUCGCAGCGACCAUCUGACUAUCCGAAUGUGCGAAUGUUUGAUGAAAGCGCCUCACGAAAUGGACAGUCAGGUGUCCGCUUACAAUCGGAAGAAUUGAUCCGAUUUCUCAGUCCAUCCAGUUUUCAAUCGCGGUCACGCGAUGAACCAAACUACUCGGACGCAAAUGCUGCUUUUCGAAACACACCGUAUAGAGGAUUCGACCGUGAUAGUUUUGUGAACGCAAGAAUCCGACGACAGAAUUCGGCAGAGAGUAGCAUUUCGAACCAUAGCUCGAAUUGUGAUGAUGGCAAUUCAACAACAGCCGUUGGAAGUCUAGCAGCUAGUUUGAAGCGAACGAAUGGUGCAGAUCCACGACGUGAAUAUCGUUUUCCCGAUUAUCCAAUGGAUGCCAGAACUGCGGCAACUGACAGUGUACGAAAAUCGGAGACCAAUCUAAUCAAUCUGUUCUCGGAUUUGGAGGAUGUGGCAGGUCCAAGUGUUGAUCGUUCAGCGAUUAAUAGGAAUCGUUCGGACAAUUACUCGAGUGUCGUUGUUGAACAUCGACGUACAUCGAACGACCAACGUACUGCUAGUGUUGACGGGCGACGUAAUGCAAUGUCGGCGAAUCAGGUACGGCAAGCAGCUAGUAUAAGCUACGAAAACCAUGAAAUUAUCACUCAGAAAACAUCGACGCUACAAAUUGUGCCAGCCGUGAAUUCAUCGGCAACCGACGAUGACAAGACUAACGAACGGAACGAAUUUCUGUUGAUUCAAAAGACAAUGUCGCUGAAUUUGAACAAUGACGUGCAGGAAAGUAACGGCGACGACUUCAUGAACGAUGAUAUAGUCAACCGACCGAGCAAAUAUACCGGCGCAAUUCCUAAAAGCAUAAGCUUUGAUUCGUCGGCCGAUAAAAAUGAUCGCAGUUAUCUGCGCAGACCUGACGUGGUGCGAUCGAAUGGGACGAGUUUCUUCAACAAAAUCAAGCAAGGCUUUAAGAACCGUCACAGCAAGAAACGAGGCGGUCAAGAUGAUUUUACUGGUGGCAAUGGAAGGGCCAUCGGUUCGGUUGGACUAGAUGGGGCUGAUGCAUCAGCGGCUACAAACGGUUUCAAUGGCAACGAACCCAUUUCCUUUUUCGAUACUAGCGAAGACAUUCUGGCAAAAUAUCGAAGAAAAAUUUCGUCGUCCAGUGAGGCGACCAAUUCCGAUUCGGUGGGCAAUCCAAGAAAGAAUUCGCAGUCGGAUAUCGACCAGAGAAACGAGGCCGGUUUGCUUUUGGACGAUUCAUCGUAUUGGUUUAAUAAUGCGAAACGUAAACUCAGACUGGUUCUGUCGACCACUGAUUUACACACAGCCGAUUUCAGGCAUACCAGUUGUCACAAAACGCCACCCCUUCUGACCUACCUUCAAAUUCAGUUGGCACAAGCACUGAACCUACAGAAUCUACAGCAAAUAUCAUUCGUAUCAGAAGCUAUUCGAUGUCUGAACUUACUCGAUCCAAUUCAACAACGUCAACUGGUUGCCGAACUGCAGCAAGAUUUAAUCAAGCGACAAAGCUAUCUGCAAUAUUUGAUGCGGUAUCGUCAGCAUCUGCUGUCUGCACUGGAAAAUAUCGAUCGCUUUGAGGAUCGACUACGCAACGACCGUGAUAUGUGCAAUCGUCAUUUGAUUAUGGUCUGCGUUCGCAUGUUCCUGGAGAAGCGUGAGACAACAAUCGAACACUUCCAAGAGGAGUUUUCUACGUUGACGGUGGUAGACGAGAAGAUCGAUUUUAUCGAUGAAUUUAUGGGCAAAUUAAUGGAUGAGUUAAGCAACGACGGCAUACUGUACGGAAUGGUUGGAUGGCAACUACAAGAGGCUAGAGUUUGCAUCGAACGAGUCUUAUUGCAGCGACUCUAUCGGCAGGUCAUGUUUCCCAACGAUGACGGUGAUGUUUCACGUGACGAAGUUCUGCGUGAACACAUCCGAAAAUUGUCACAGCUAAUCAGUCCAUCGCAUCCAGCGUUACGUAUUCCACAAGAGUUUCUCGUCGAGGCACCAUGGCCAUUUGCUCAGCAACAAAUCUCCUACAUUUCAGCCUACAAAACGCCUAGGGAAAAGGUACAAUGUGUUGUUAGGUCUAUCACAAGCAUUAUGAAUCUUCUACAAAUGGCUUCAAGUCGAGUGCCUUCGGCCGAUGAUUUAGUACCAGUUUUGAUCUACGUUGUCAUCAAGGCUAAUCCACCGUAUCUUCUAUCAACGAUUCAAUAUGUGAAUGCAUUUAUCGGCGAAAAAUUGGAGGGCGAGGAUCAUUAUUGGUGGACACAGUUCAGUUCAGCUGUAACAUUUAUCAAAACAAUGGACUAUGGCAAUUAGUAUGCAGAGCGGCAUAUUAAUUGAAUAUAUCGGAAGUAAAAAGCAUUUUGUUGUGUUGAUCGGAACGAAAAGGUUGUUUAGUGUAAAUAUGCAUAACGGGGGGGACGAAUGAGAUGGAAAAAAUUGAGCAAAUCGAUUAAAUUGGUGCUUUUGGCGGUAUACAAAAUUUAAGAUAAAAAAUUUAAAUUAGAAAAAAACAAAAUAUUUUUUCAAAUAUAUAGCAGAACGACAAGGCUUGUAAUUGAUGACAAUUUAUAAAAAACAAACAAUUUAUUGAAGAUUCUCCCGUUCUGUCCAUCUCAUCUGGUUACAUUGACAGAUGAAACUGUCUUUUAUGAACCUUUUGUUAUUGUUAAAAAUAAGAGCCGUAAUCCUUUUCUACGGGCGAACUGUCGUUGGACCUAUUAUGCUACAAUGAAUUUAAUGCUUUAGAAAAAUCUUCACUCGAAACUGGCGUCCCGAAGAGCUAAUUUAUCUUCUUAUCGAUAAAGUAACAACUCAGCCGAGUGUGUUUUGACAUUUCAUCUGCAGUGUAUGCAUAUAGGUCAAGUUAAGGCGUUAUACAUCGCUAAUGUUUACAUUGUGUGUAAGGCGCCUUAACCUGGCCUUAAUUUGUAUAAUUCAUAUGAUGGUUCAAUGUAGCAACUCGGGCUACAGAUACACUUCCACUAGCUUACAAGCAGCUUUUUUCUUCGUCCUCUGAAGUUUGAAGCAAUAGUCUUUUGUGUGUAAAUUUGAUGUUGAUCCGAGGCGAAGCCGAGGUCAAUCAACACACGAAGAAGAGACUUUUAAUCUUUGUCUCGACUUAUGUAAUGGAUUUAACAUUCUGGGGGUUUCGCAAUGAGUGCUUUAAACAUGAAAAGUACGGUUUUCUUUGUAUGUGGAAUGUAAUAGUUAUUUGUUUACCGAGGGGAGAAAAUAGGAAAUUUCAACACUUUCGCUCGAGUUGGAAUUUCCUAUAUCUCUCAGAGGUGAACACAGCGCUUUUCAUGCGUGCAUGUUGUGUUUUGCUGUUUUUCUCCACGAAACGAUAACAUCGAUUCGCCAUACCAUUUUCGAAAGCAU